AUGGCCGAAGAGGUAGCUAAACUCGAACGUGACAACACUAUGGUAGCAACAGCGAAGGAAGGAGAAGCUUUCCUCGAAGCGAAAGGCCAAGUUGACGAAGAUGCAAAGACUAGGGCACAACAGAAAGAAAUUGAAGAAAUUACUUCAACGGAAGAACAGAGUGAUUUAAAACGAACAACUACUGCUUUGGCACUCAAAAUAAUAAUAAUAAUAAUUACAAUAUUUAGUGAGGGGGUCCACUCACGAAAGUGAUUUUCAGUGGAGCCUUGAUAAAAAAUAAAAAGAAUAAAAAUAUAAAACUAACAAAAGUGAAUAUAUGAAAAGUUAUAUAGCAUAAAGUUCGCAUCCUAUCGGUUCGGUAGAGAGUCCUAUGGCUAUGACCUAUGUAGCUAAAUGUUUCUUUAGUUUACUUUUAAAAGUUUUAAUUUGAUAUACAUUUCCGAUAUCCACAGGCAGACUAUUCCAGUCGUUGGUAAGUACCAACAUAAUAAUAAGCAUAAUAGAUAAGUACCAACAAGAUAAGUUCUGUAGGUCAGAAACAUAUAGGAACAUAAGCCGAAGAUAAGCAUCUUGAAACCCAAAAUAUGAGUAAAACAAGAAAGUGAGUGAGUAAUAAUGAGUAAAAUCAUCAUCAGACUAACUAUAAAGUAUAGUUACAAUAGGCAUGAUGACAUAACGGAAGUCUCAAUCAGAACCACGACAGGUGGAGUGAUAUGUAAGUGUGAUGAAAUGUGGGUGUAUAGAUUAAGAAAAAAGCUUAAGUUCUUAGCUGGCUUUGAGUCCAGUGUUUAAACUAGGUGAAUGGUACUUGAUAUAUAGAGCUUCAAGCAACAAGAGAAAAUAAGAUGUGCGAGAAAAAAUAGUGUGAAGAAUUCGAGAGUUAUCAAUUAUUAAAUUGGAAAUAAAAGUGGAAACGUUAUUGUCAGGGUCAGUUGGGUUGUUAAGUUUGUCAAAAGCAAAGUGUAGGUUCACAAUGUAUUACACAUGCUCGCAGUUGUGAAAAUGCUGUCCAAUCGGCAAUAGCACUUUUGGUCGGAUAUACUAGUAUGCUCAGCGAGUCGCGUCUGUAAACGUCUUUCUGUUUUCCCAAUAUACGUUGCGAAACAGCUAGGACAUGUCACCUCAUAAACUACACUAGAUUUCUAAAGAUUAGGAAUUUUGUCUUUGUUUGAAAAAAACAAAUUUUGUACGUAUCGUUCUCGCACUAACUUUUUUGACGAAAACGACACUAGGCCUAAGGUUUGGGUACGCGUUCUAUACCUUGGUGAACAAGGUGAAAUUUUAGUUAAAAAUUGCCGAAAAAGAAUAUACAAAGAUACCUAAUAAAAAUAUAUAUCUGCGUACUGAGAAAUAUUUCUACGUAUACUGAAACUUCUGCGUACUGAAAAUGUAUAUCUGUGUACUGAGAAAUAUUUCUGAGUACUGAAAAUAUAUAUAUCCGCGUACUGAGAAAUAUUUGUGCGUACUGAAAAUAUAUAUCUGCGUACUGAGAAAUAUUUCUGCGUACUGAAACUGAUAUAUUUGUUGUACUCUUUAUAUAUUUAUAAUGUAUCAGUAAUAAGAAAUAUUCUUCCGCAGUUCUAUUAUAUUUCUGUGUUGCCGGUGUGGGCCACCGUAAGUUUGUCAUGGAUCAAUGUAGCUGCUUAAAAUUAAUCAAUUGUCAGUAUAUUUUAAAGGUGUAUAUUAUUUAAAUGAUAAAGGUCUGUAUGAUUUUGGAAAAAGAAUGAUUAUUAGCUAGCAAAUUAUUGGGAGUGCUAAAGCCCUGGGUCAGGAGUAGGGUUAGGGUACUACGUCAAUAAACUACAAAGACCGCUAAACAGUUAGUGACUCGGACAUACAUUUAACUUGGGCUCAGAUUUGACUCGGACUUGACACGGUAAACCGACAAACUCCUUACUAAAUUAAACAAUCUUUAAAAUACGUAGUUUAAACUAGUGUAUAGUACAUGGCAUGUAGUACAUCCCAAACUUUCCCUGGACGUAAUCAUCGUAAUCGCCUACUCGUUAAUUAUCUUUUUUAUUAAAAUGUAUCAUAAUUGAAAUAUGACAAAAAUUUAUGGAAAGUUCAUGGGAAAAGUGGGAAAAGUUAUAAGGUAGAUGUUCGAUUAUUUUUCAUAUUGGCUGAGCGCAUUGCAUUUUUGAUAUUUGUGCAUUGCAUUUUGGGUCUAUCUGUUGAUUAAAAUUGAGAAUUUUGCUAGCUAUACAUGAAUUAAAUUUGCUGCCUUGCUUGCUCCCUGCAUGUGGUAGCAAUAAUCGUUACAUGUCAAAUUUCUCUCCACUAUAAUACUACUAUAAUAACUGCACCCCCCUUCUGAACCAAUAUUUUUAGGUGCCCCCCCCCUUUUUCGGUCAAAAAUACCUCAUGAUCCACCCCCUUUUUGUGCCAGCCCACCCCCAGUCAUAAAUAAUGAUUGGUCCCUAAAGACUCUGUAAAGGCCAUUUCCAACGUCAUAGGGACUCCAUAUUUUCAAAAUUUUUCGUUCGGCUCAGACUUGUCAGUUUCAUCAAGGCACUGUCACUGAUAAAGGCACAACAUGUGUGAUGAAUAUUUAUUGUAGUUAUUGUAUUCGUAUAUUAUCAUUUUUAUUUUAUACAAACGCUGUAUAUUUGAAUGAGUACUCCAGACUAGAAAGAAUUAAUAUUAGAAUUUAGAACGCAGAGAUAAGAAAACAUAAAACUUGUGACGUUACUUUGUACUUCAAUGAGAAUAUUUAAUCCAGGUAAUCUCACAUGUUGUUCAGCAAAAUGUCAACUUUGUAUGACUUUUGUUCUCUCAUUUGUUAAGCUUUUGUAAAGAAAAAGUUUUCUGUUUAUAAUUCCAAACAAUUUAUCCAGGCCUGCAGAAAUUGUAUAAAGCUUUAUAAUUAAUGUAUGUCGUGAAAUUAACGUAAUGAGUACGAACAAAUUUUUGAAUUUUAUAAGUAGCAACUUUUUUUAUUUCGCGCAACUUUUGAGCAACUUUUAUGCUCUUUAGGGAAAGUACAUUUAUUAUGCUGAGGGCAAGGGAUGAAGAUGUUAAGGGGGCGGGGCACCGAAAUAUUUUCUGGCAUUAAAUAAAGGGGGAGCUCUGAAAGUUCUCGAUAUACCGAAGAAGGGGGGGGGGGGCUAUAAACAUUUCAUAGUUUUGGUCCAGCAGGGGCCGGGAGUGUUCACUCCCACCUUAGUUAAUAGAAUAAAUAGUUUGGAAACUCAUUAUAUUAUCACAAUAUAACUCACCAUCUAUGUUUGUGAAGUACCUUUAAAACUCUGUAAAUCUCCUUUUAAAGACGUAAAGUGCACGAAAUGGUAUUUCACAGACUCUAGUUUUAAAAUUUUUCCGGAGGCCAGGCCCCCGCGCGAUCCCUUGAUUGUCACUCGCCUUCGACGGACGCUCAGUGUACCCCCCAUGAUUAGAUUAGAGCCGAUUUGUGAUGUAAUUUCCGCGCCAAAAAGUAGCAGUUCCAAAAACAAAAAACAUACGAUUUGUAGAAUAUGUUCUAUGUUCAUUGGAAAUUUAGUAGAAACUGAAUAAAGAUUAAAGAAGUUGAAGCAUAGGCCGUAUUUAGCUGUGACUCCGCUUCUGAUUUCAAAAUUCUAUCAUCAGGCACUUCUGAGUGGGAUCUUCUUAUCUGUGAAAGCCUAUUAAUUUCUCAACUUAACCCUGCCUUAAUGCUAAUAUUAGAUCUACCCCUCUCGAGUUAUUUUGGUUAUGUAAUAUUAACCUUAACUAUAGUCUAUACUAUUAACCAUGCACUUAACAUUAAUCUUUACUAUUAACUAGUUACUGAUAAGUUGUUUUCCUUUCUUUCUAUUCAUUUGUUCUUUCAAAUUAUGUAACCGUUUUUGUAAUAUUAAACCAUUAUUUUGUAAAUAUAUAUACCAUACCUUGUAAAUUCAUUUAGAUUGCUCUGCAUAGAUGGAUUUUCAUAUUUUUUACUGGGGUGGUGCCAGAAAUUUUAGGGGGGUGAGCCGUGAGCAGGUGACUGAAGCAACACAAAGUGUCACCAAACCCCAGUAAGGUCUAUAUUCUAGGGGUGGAGCACUAGAGCCGCGAGGGGGGUCUAGAAAAAAUUUGAAAAAAAUCAUGAUUUCUAACCUCGAAAAAAAGUUUUUUUAAGUUGUCAUAUCAAUGGAUUUGGCAUAUCCGAUUGUCUGUCGAGACUUGAGAGAGUUAAAGUAGUAAAUGAACCUGUAAAAGUGUAAACCCAAUAGACCAAUACACAAUAUGUUUUUACUUUUAUAAAGACAUUGACAUUGUGUCGUUUGAAUCCGAGUACAAUUUAUGACGCAAUUCCGAUGUAAAUAAUAUUUGUGGCGUAAAGAUUAAAUCUAGGCAAGUCUAUUUCCUAAAAGAAUUAAAAACUAAAAAUAAUGUUCGUAAAAAUUCCAAACGUUCCCUUGUGAGCAAGCUAUUUGCAUGACAGGGCACUGCAAGGGGAGAUAGUAGAGUUUCGAUUCAAAACUUUACAAUUGCGCCAAUAAACCAGUGAAUGCAAGCGAGGAGCGAUUAGUUUCAGAGUAUUGCACUGUCUUUUUCUAUUUGAGUGUACUCCUACGUUUAUUUUGUAUCAUCAACACUCUGCACGUUGGAGUGGACUAUUUAAUUAUUUUUUAUUAUGCCGAAUAUUGGGGGGGUUGAAAAUUUUUUUGGAGGGGUGGACAUUUUGUUUUGGGGGGGGGGGUUAUAGCUAAUAUUGGGGAGGGGGAGUAGCGCCCCCCUGCACCCCCCACAAAAUCCGUCUAUGUUGCUCUGAAGAUGUUGUAUUGUAAACAAUGAAACGUUAGCUAAUUAAAUCUUUACUUUUAUUAUGUUUGGUUUUAAAGUUAUUUGCUGGGCUUAGCUCUUUAUCUUUAAACUAAGAUUUCCGUCUGGCGUAUCGAUUGCCACAGUUAUUGUACUAGUCCAAGUCUCUUAGCAUAGAGGUUGCAUGCAGUAUUAUGCAGUUUGUUAUCAUUCUUCUGAGAAAAAUAUACAGAAAUAAAAUAAAAACAUAGAUAUUUUUCCACAAUAUAAAUGCAAAAGGUACUGCUACAUGUUUGCAAAUACUUAGGAAUUAAUCUAUUAUUCUUUAUUGCAUCAACUUUUGGGGUUUUUCACUUUUUUGGCUCAUCAUGAUGUGAAAUUGCAAAGACUGUCACUAUAUCCAUAAAGACUCUCACUUGUCAUUGGUAAAGUUGUUCAUUUUAUUUAUUACUGAAAUUAUGUACAUAAUUUUGGCCUUACAAUAUGAAAAGGCAAUUUUCCUGGAUACUGUCUACAUGAAAUUUUUGUCAACAAUAAAGUUUUGAAGGUUUUAUCCCUCAGAGAUAUUUCAAAAGAAAUUUUAACUUCUAAUGGGGUGUUUAUAUGGAGGUAAGCCAGCCCAUACAGGUACCCGAGCUAGCUCUCUUUGCUGAGCUGAUUUUAUCCCAUGUUUACUUGAGACUUUUGAGGUGGGUUGUCUUGCCAAAACAACUGAUUGGUCUUACUGCUAUAAAUAGUAUAAUAUAAGUAAACAUAUUUUUAUUUUUCAAGAUCUCACCUAGGCAGGCCAGCUCGGUUCCCAUUUAAACACAAGAUAAAUGUUAGUAUAAAUUACAUAGCGAUGUUAGAUCUCAGCAAAGCAAGAGCUAGCUCAGGUAUCUGGGCUGGCUCUCCUCCCAGCCUCGUUAUCCAGAUGCAAAUAACGUACGGUACUAAAAACAGCAACACUACAGUGUUUUUAUAUAGAUCAGUAGCUGAGCGAGCGCGCGGGGGUGCUUGGGGAGGCGGGAAACGAAGCUGCAGAAUCCCAUCGCGUCCUCCCCAAGCACUCCCGCGCGCUCACUCUUCUUAGCCACUGAUCAAUAUAAAAACACUGUAGUGUUCCUAUUUUUAGUACGUUAUUUGCACCUGGGUACGAGGCUGCUCUCCUCCAUAUAAAUACCCCCUAAGAAAAUAAAGAAAUGUUCUUUAUAUCAACAGAUUGAUGUGAAUUAUGUAUUAAUUAUUUAAUGCCCAGCUGUUAUCCAAGAUCUAAGGCUUGGAAAAGAGUCUUGGCUAGGCAGGCCAGCCCAAGAGGAAAGGUUUAUAUAACUAAGGCAUAUUGGUAGGUAGUGAUGUCAGAUUACUUUAAACUUCUAUUGUCUGCCUGGUCAAAUAUAAAAUAUCCCUGAAUCUCCAGUAGUUCAGUUGGCAAUUAAUGGCAGCUCAAAUAGGAUUAGAGCUUAAGGUGAUGAUGGAUCAUGACAACAUGUUGUAUUUAAUAUUUUUUUACACAUUUUAUACCUCAAAUGGCUCGAUCAAUUAAUGUUUCUAGAUGGCAUGACUUUGAGAUUUGCUUGUGUGAAUAUAGUUUUUUGCUUAGCCGUUUUGUUCCACCAAGUCCAUGCUUGCCACAACAUAAAUUGAAUAACCAACCUAGGUUGUUAUAUGGUAGCUGUAAUAAUUGGGGCUAUGUCCUGUGCGGUCACCAUUUGCUAAUGUAAAUACUUAAAUAACAAUAAAGUAAUUAAUGAAAUAUAGCUAAUCUAGGUUGGGUUAACCCCAUAUAAACAGACCAAAAGUACUUAGGCUGUCUGUCGUAGAGUGAAAGCCAUCUUCCAAAAGUUUUUAUUUAUAAAGCUCAACAUCCCAUAUUAGCAAAAAUGUUACUAUAAUACAAGAAAAUGGAACUAAUUAUGUGCAGAUUUAUUAAUAGAUGAGUUAAUUUUAUUGAGGUCAACUGCUAAUAUAAAUUAAUGGGCAAUGGUCUACAAAUAGGUCUAACAUUUAUUAAACAAAUAUAUAUUGUGCUCCUUAUUCAUUGUUGACAAAAAUGUCAAAGAAAAACUGCCUGUUCACGUUGCAAGGCCAAAAUUAAUAUGUACAUAAUUUCAGUAAUAAAUAAAAUAAACAACUUUACCAGUGACAAGUAAUUUCAGUAAUAAAUAAAAUAAACAACUUUACCAAUGACAAGUGAGUCUUUCUGGAUAUACUGUAGUGACAGUCUUUGCAAUUUCACAUCAUGAUGAGCCAAAAAACCCAAAAGUUGAUGCAAUUUUCUUACACAUACAGACAGUAACUUCUCAAUUUUUUCUGCGUGCUUUCUGCAUGUGUUCCUCGGCGCGCUGCAUUUGUUGUCGCCUGGAGAAUGGGGACAACUCAUUAUUGCAAUACGAUUGGUCACUACCUUCACUACCUUGGAAGGCAAUUAGCCAAUCAUAAGCUUCGAUCAUAUAGCUAGGUCUUUACCGCCAGACUGAAUUUGAGGGUGUAUUUCCGAAAGAUCUUCGGCGCAGAACAGCGACUCGAACAACAAUUGGCGCACGUUUUUGGCGCAGAUUGAUCGAUUUGGCGCAGCAAUUUGGCGCAGAAUGAUCCCAAAGAUCCAUUUGGCGCAGCAAUUUGGCAAAGAUUUGGUGAAGCAAUUGAGCAUUGAAAUUAUGAUUUGAAAGCAAAGGAAUGAAAAGCCAAAUUUUGAAUAUUUGGUGAAAAUUUCGAAAAUUCCCAAAAACCGCAUAUUUUUUCGCGACAAUUUUCUUGGCGCAGGUUUUGGCGCAGCUUUACAUGAAUUCGAAAAAUGUUCGGCGCAGAAAAAUUGAGGGAUUCACCCUGGGUUCCUGGACGUGAAAAAAUUUAUGAAUGCCAGCCAAUUUGGACAAAAGAAGGUACGAUCCUUUGUAUUGUUUUGCUUUUUGGCAAUAAGUUAGUGUGUGUUAGUACAAGACUUGAAAAUAUAAAGCGGUUUAUAUCUGAUUGAGAGUUUUGUGCACCUAUCAAUGUAAUGCAUGAGUCAAUUCCAUGAGUAACCAUCCCCCCCCCCGGAAUAUACCCGGACAUUAGCAUUCUUUUGGAAAGAAAGGGCAAAUUCCCGGCCGCGGGGAGACACCAGGAGGGUAAAUGUACGGCCCCCCGGACAAUUGUUAGGUGGCAAAUGUCCCACCCCCGGGAUAUAUUAAAAAAUGUUUUACGUCAGUAUCGUUAAAAAACCACGUAAUGCAUGGGGGUAUAAACCGUCUAACUUAAAACUGUAUUCUAGUAUUAAACUUUAGUUCAGUAACAGUGUAUUAUCAGAGAUUAUUUUGUAUUAUUUAAUUUAAACAUUAAUUAACAAGCUUCAACUAUAAACAUUAUUAACAAAUCUCUUCCUUUAAUAUAUACAUAGAAAUUGUCUUUAGAUUCGUGCAUUAAGUGGUGAUGCCAAGUGGAAAUACAUAUAUUGCAAAUUAGCACUUUCUCAGUUUUGUCAUUUAAUAAUAAAGCUGCAAUGAAAGAAACUACACUCAGAUAUAAUAUUAAACACACGACCGACACAAAACUACAAAAGUCAACUACACAAGGCGCGAGUGACGACUGACGUCACUGACCAGCGAUCAUAGCGAUUUUUCCGCUAGUGUCAAAUGUCCGGGGGUCUUUUAGCCGCUAACCAAUGUCCGGCCCCGGGGCACUAAUCUGUGAGCCAAUUCACGCCCCCCGGGAAUGCCGUGCCCAGCUAAUUCCCGGCAGUGUUCCGGGGGGGGGGAUGGUCACUCAUGGAAUUGACUCAUGCAUAAACCCUGUGGGGGGGGGAGGCCAGGACAGUAUAGGGGGUUUGAUAACAAAACUCAUCCCCUCCCUGGGACAUUUUCUAACCUGCUUAUCCCCAGGAUGGGGCGGUUUGAAUUUCGCCCAGCCUGCUCGCAGGUUGAACUUAUUAAUGCGCAUGAACAGUGAUGCGUAAAAUUUAAAUCCAGCGUGGUCAUUUGAGCGUAGUCGAAAGCAAGGUCGAAAGUGCGGUUUUGCAAAGCUUUUUACAGUGGUUGUUACGUAAUUGUAUAAAAGGCAAGUUUAAAUUUAAACCAGGAUCAAAGUUAUCUGUUUAUGAAAAUCAGAAAAUAGCAUCGCGUUGUAGCAUCGCCUCCAGUGUGAACGGACCUUUAUGUUCAUGUCAAUUCAUAUUAUUAAAAAUAGGUACGCACUGCGUACAUGUGGCUAGCCAUUCCUUUGGGAGAGAAAAUUGAAAUUCAUAUCACAACAUACAGCUAUUUCAGUUGAGGUUGUCCCCGAGAAAAGCGGAAAAGUCGAAUACCAGCGUGAAAGGCUGCUGGGAAUCGCUAUGAACAUUCGUUCAUUUGUUGGCGAUUCCCAGCAUUCUUUCGCGCUCGUAUUCGACUUUUCCGCUUUGCUCGUGGAUAACCUUAAUUGAAAUAGCUGUAUAUAGCAGCCCAAUGUCUGUAUUGUGUUGAAUUUAAAAAAUUAGGUGGUAUGGUGAAUAUUUAAGAAUUAUAAAACAUCUUUCUGCGUUGAUAAAGUUAAAUAAAGACUAUAAUGAGACAGUUUUGUGGAAACCUGAUGCCUGAAGGGCAAGUUUUCCCCACAUAAUUUCGAGUUCUCUCAACUUCCAUGAAUAUAACUCAAUAUCAGCAAGGAAAGAUGUUUUACAUUUUUUAUAAUACAGCACUAGGAAAUAAGAAAAAAGAAAAUAAUUAUUUAAAAUUGAAUUAAAGUGCGGCGGGAACUUUCUGUGUUGACAUUGAGUUAUAGCAAUACUGCUUUUAGCCAAUCAGCAUUCAGAAUUUACACAUGUUACAUAAUAAUUGAAUUUAAUAUAUAUAUCGAUGAAAGGUCGACAAGUUGGCAAAAAUAGAGCAUAAAAGUCGACAAAGUCGGGUAUAAAAUACGGGGGGGGGGGAAUAAAUUGAAUUUAAAAAGAGCAAACUUAUAGAUAUAUUAUAGUACUACAGCCUACAUGUCUAACAAAACAGGUAGAGAAAACUCUGAAAAUGCCAUUUCUGACAAUCUAGGAUUCCAAACUUAAAAAACUUUCCCAGUUAGUGCCAACCAAGUUGGUGCCUCGUGCAAUUCGCCCCACCCCUAAAUUUCAGAACAUUGAAAAACUAGUAUUAGUUACUAGUAAACAGAGCGUUUGCACUCCUUCCCCAGGGAUCAACUCAACAAAAGUCAUGGCAACCAUGUUGGUGUUCCAGACAAAAGAGUCUAAUUAAAAUUCUCUUGAAUUGGAACACCAACUUGGCGGCUGUGACGUCAUGUGCAAACGUUCUAUAAUACUGUGAUUACACAGUUAAUGCAGUAAUCACAAUUACAUUACGGUACUUUGAAGACUUAAACAUGUAUGUGUUUUACCUCUGUGUGUGCAUGUGCUGGGAUGGGGAGGAAUCGAAGGUUGGGCAUUUUCACUUUUUCAGGCUGAGGCCCUGUUCACAUGAUCCCGGGAUUGGCAACUGUCCCGCGACAAGUCAUUGACCCGGGAUACUGAUAUCUUCUGUUCACAUGAACAAAGCUAGCGCGGGUCAUGCCUAUAAAUACAUUACGCGGGAAUCAUAAAGUAUUGCCGCCAACGUGAAACGGUGAAAUAUUGCUAAAUAAAAAACAUUCUGAUAAACGCAAGUCGUAUUUUAUGUUAUGAUAUUUACAAAUAGAACGUAGUUGAUUAUCAGCCGUAAUAAAAUGUCCUCAAUUCAUUGUUUCUGGUUGACCAGAUCAAAUUUUUUGAGUAGCAUACUACACUUCUUGGUUUCAAACAUGAUAUUAGCGACAAUUUUAUUUUAAUAUUAUUAGAAGCAUCACUUAUAGAUUUCUAAUGAUAUCUUCAAUCAAAUAACAAGUUUUUGUGGAGUCCAACGUGCUCUAAAUGUAGUUUUAGCCACAAUUUUGAUCCUUUUACCAAAAAUUCAAUUAUCCCGGGACAAAGUUGCCCCGGGGCAAAGUGUUCACAUGAGGAAAAGUUGUCCCGGCUAGGCGAGUGUCCCUGUCUACAGAGGCGAGGCACUCGGUUCAAUUCUUGCCCCGGGGCAAGUAAAAUAUCAUGUGAACAGCACUAUUCUUUUAUUAAGGAGCCGAGACAAUUUUUGUCCCGCGACAAUUGCUUGCCCCGAGACAUAACGCUGUCCCGGGUUCAUGUGAACAUGGCUUGAGUUGGGAAAAUGUCAUCUGCACCGGUACACCUAUGCCUAUGUUCAAAUCGAAUGGAGAGUUAGCAAGUAGUAAGCUUGCUUGUCUUGCUCUUAAAGAUAAACAGCGUACUUAUUGUUAUCACAUAAAAUAACAACAUUGUAGCAUUCUGUUCUAAUUUUCUUUAAUAUAUAGCUAACAUGCAUGCAUGAAAAGAAUAUACAUACAAGUCUGCUACUGACUUGCAAUGAUAAUACCCAUAUUACUAGCUGUAUUAAAUUGUAUAUUAUACCUCACAAAUGGGCUUGUCCAAUCAGAGAACUAAAUUUGUACCACAUGACCAUGGUAUUUUUCAGUGAAUACUAUGACCUAGGCAAUUUGAACCCUGGGUGUUUUACCCGGGGCCAUGGUAUUCGACUUCGAAUACCACGCUUGAGCGGGAAAUUCGACUUUAAAUGUAAACUUUAAAUGUAAAGUUAUCAAAAGUUGUGUUUUGAAAUUAAAAGUUAAUUGAAUGGUAUUUGUUUUCUACUUAUUUUUGAAAGGUUCGGUAUAAUAUACCAUUUAUAGACCUUUCACUCAGGGUAUUCCACAAAAAAUUACCCUGCGGGAUGAAAUAUUCCUCGGGCUUCGCCCUCGGAAUAUUUCAUCCCACAGGGUAAUUUUUUGUGGAAAACCCCUCGUUUCAGGUCUAUAACUGAUAAAUAUACUUCGAAAUAUUCAAUCAUGAUUUAAUUAAUGUUCUGUCAACUUUUCAAUUAAUAUAAAACAACUUUGGAAUUAAUAUAAAUUAGAAACAAACAUAAAAACCAUCUUGAAAUAUGCCGAGAAUAUUCUAAAGAAAUACAGUAUCAGUAUUAACUACUUUGUUUGAUUGUUUAUAAUUUCAACCCUACACUUCAGUAACAUCGUUUAUUAAAUAUUGUUUGGUGAAUUCAAUAUCAAAGCUUGACUCCUUAAAAUUAUAUGAAAAGAGUCUACAAUAAUACCUACAAUUAAGUCACAAAUAGUUAAUACACUUUCAAAUAAUAAUAUUGCUGUUUUAAACUUUUAAUAGUACUGAACACUACCUAAAUUUGAAUAUGUCAAACCAAAUAACGAUGUUUUCACUCCUUCAUCUUUGAUCUUUUGUCGACAAUUGGUUUAUCUCCGUAGUUUUGUUGUGAUGAAAUAUCGCACAUAUAAUUACAUAUAAUACCAAAUUUCCAAAGCACAAUGAAUCCGAAAAUGCGAUGUUUAUUUAUUUAUAGGCCAGGGGCCGGUUGUAUAAAAACGUAGUUAGCGCUAACUGCAGUUAAAAAGUAGUUAAAAAAUAGUUAACUUUAAUCACGCAGUUAAGCCGGUUGUAUAAAAGUGUAGUUAGCCUUAACUGCAGUUAAAAAGUAGUUAAAGUUAACUAUGCUUUAGGGUAUAGUUAACUGUCCAAAACGUAGUUAAAAAUGGCGUUUGUAUAGGAGUGAACAACAUUUUUCAGUAAAACAACAAUGAAAAGCAACGGCUACCUGAGAUUUUCAAUCGCUAUCUUCCCUGUGAAUGUUUCCUGACAAUAUAAACUCUUCAAACGCUAUCGCUUUGGUGUUUUUACGAAAACAGAACAUAUUUUUGCACAGGACGAUUUCUCGAAGACGAAGUAUGGUCCAUUGCACCAAGAAACACUGAUAUAUAAUUGCCAAACAGCUAUACCUUGGUUUAACGUAGACAUCUCAAGGAAAAACUGCAUUCUUUUAUGAUUUUUGUGGCGGUUUUUCCUUGUUUUCUUGUAUUUUUCCUUGUUUUCUUGUAUUCUUUCUCCUGAUGAUGUUCUAGCUGCACUCCUCAGCCUCGAUACCAACAAAGCCACAGGUCCGGAUGAAAUACCACCAAGAAUACUAAAGGAAUGUGCUCACCAAAUUGCUCCGUCAUUAUGUCUACUGUUUAAUCAAUCACUCCGACAUGGCUCCUUACCAGAGGAAUGGAAGCUCGCGAACAUCAUCCCUAUCCAUAAAAAAGGUGACAUCUCCAACGUUGAAAACUACCGUCCAAUUUCGCUUCUGUGUGUAGCCUCCAAAGUCCUCGAGCGCUGUGUGCUGAGAAACCUGAGAGAUUAUCUGAUGUCCCUGAUUAACUCCGCUCAACAUGGUUUCAUUCCUGGAAGGUCAUGCACAACCCAGCUAGUCGAAGUUUUGCACUACAUUGGAUCCAUUUUAGACUCUGGUAAACAAACCGAUAUAAUCUUCGUGGACAUGUCAAAGGCUUUUGACAAGGUCAGCCAUACAGCUCUGAUAAACAAACUCCAACAGUAUAACAUUGGCGGAUCUCUUCUCCAAUGGUUCACAUCGUAUCUACAUGACCGCCAACAGCGCGUCACAACUCUUGGCGCUACUUCUUCCAGAAAACCAGUGUGCUCCAGUGUUCCCCAAGGCAGUAUCUUAGGACCAAUAAGAGGGCCCUCAGGACCCUCUUCCUCCUGUAUGUGAAUGAUUUACCAGACGCUGUGACGAACUCGACAGUUGCGUGUUUUGCAAACGACACCAAAAUCUUCCGUAGAAUUGACUCCAUCACCGAUGCUAUGUUACUCCUGGACGACAUCAAUAACCUUCAAUCCUGGUCCACGUCAAGCGGUCUCGUGUUUAACGAAGGAAAAUGCAAAAGUAUUAGCAUUACCAGACGUAGUCAACCAAUCCAUCAUCUAUAUAGCAUCAAAGGCAAAGAACUUGCACUUACACCAGCAGAGAACGAUCUGGGAAUUUGGAUUGCGAGCGAUCUAACCUGGUCUAAACACAUUUUAGACCGGUGUACCCGUGCCAACAAACUCCUCGGAUUUAUAAAGCGAUGUUCUGGGGAAAUAAGCGACGCGAGGACCCGCCGGACUCUGUAUCUGUCUUUGGUUCGGUCGGUUUUUGGUUACUCGAGCCAGGUUUGGUCGCCUCAAACCGUGACCCUCAUCCAACGUAUGGAACGGGUCCAAAGAAGAGCAACGAAGUACAUUUUAAACCUUCCGUACUUGUGCAGUGAGACUUAUCGGGAACGACUUGCCAGUUUGGGUCUCUUACCGCUAUCUUACUGGCACGAAUAUUUGGAUCUCGUGUUCUUUUUUAAAGCG